AUGUUUCACUAUUCGAAACGCGCUUUUCCGAUUCUUUUAAAUAUUCGGCCAUUAUCAACGGAUAUAACUAGUGUGCCAUUGACUCAAGCGCUUUCCACUUUCAAGCCUAAAUCCCCACUUUCCUCUCUAGCCAAUGAAUCCUCGGUAAAAAUAACUACUCUUAAGAAUGGCCUAACUGUUGCUUCGCAAAAUAAAUUUGGCAUGCACUGCACGAUCGGAGCGAUGAUUAGAGCUGGGCCUCGCUAUGAAAGUGGUACCAUCAGUGGCACAUCACAUUUCCUGGAAAAACUUGGAUUUCACGUAAUAAUGCCUCAUUCCUCCAUUCUACUUUAUAGUCAAGUGAUGGUUUUAAAGACCGGGAUCACAUACAAUCCACAAUGGAGUCUUGCAAUGCUAUAUUUGAUUGUCAAAUAUCGAGGAGUAAAUCAUCACUUAAAAACGCUUACUCACGUCCUCUCUGAGACCGUGAUGCGGCCCAAAAUUACAGACGAAGAAGUUGCAAUGGCGGCGCGGGCCAUUGGAUUCGAGUUAGUUGGAAUGGAAAUGGGUCCACCAGUUGAGCCGAUUCUAAACGAAUUGCUUCAUUCGGCGGCGUUUCACGCCUCCAACACCCUCGGACUUCCGCGCUACUGCCCCAAGGAGUCGCUCGAGAAGAUAUCCCGCCACGAAAUCAUGAAACAUAACUUUUUAUCCUAUCACAGGCCGGAGAACACAGUCCUUGUGGGUGUAGGUGUGGACCACGAUGAUUUUAUCCAAUACGUGGAAUCAUCCUUUCUGCCGUGGGAUACAAGUUACGGCAGAGAAGUCCCAGAGUCAGAGCGUCUAACCCCGGACAAGUCUACGCCAGUCUACUUGGGUGGUGAGAUGGACCUCUCGCAGUACCACGCGCCAAUGCCGGAGUUUGCCCACUGCGCCAUCGGUCUGGAGGGCUGUGGCUCGAGGGAUCCGCAAUUUGUCACCGCGUGCCUCCUCAACUCACUCCUUGGCGGUGGCGGAUCGUUCUCGGCCGGUGGGCCGGGCAAGGGCAUGUACACCCGCCUCUACACCAACGUGCUCAACCAGUACCACUGGGUCAACUCAGCCCAGGCAGCCAAUCACGCGUACGCAGACGCGGGCGUCUUCGCGAUCUCGGGCAGUGCGGAGCCCGAAGACCUCCACCACCUGGUCCGCGUGAUCAUCAACGAGUUGCGCUUCACCGCGGAGACACCGAUUGGCGCGGGCGAACUGCAGCGCGCGAAGAACCAGCUGGAGUCGAUGUUGCUGAUGAAUUUGGAGAUGAAUCCGGUGGCGUUUGAGGACAUUGCCCGCCAGGUGCUCGCCUCUGGUGAAUGGAAACCGCCUUCUUAUUGGGUGGAGAAGAUUAACGCGGUGACUGCCGACGACCUCCACGACCUGCUGGCACGCAUGUUCAAGUCGCCCAUAACCAUGGUGGGCUACGGACGCAUGGACAAGUGGCCGAAAUACCAGGACAUCCAGCAGGAAUUCGCGGCACCUCUUCACUCUCGCACCACCACGAGCCGUUUUCCCUCGAUUUUUAAGCGAUUCAUCUGA